CCGCCGCCUCGUCCGCGCACCCAGAGCGCCCCUUCCUCCCGGAGCAGCAGCGGAGAAGGCGAAGCGGCCGGCGGGGGCGAGGCAGAUGGGGCUCAAGGCGCGCAGGGCUGCGGGGGCGUCCGGCGGCGGCGGCGGGGGCGGCGGAGGCGGUGGGGCCGCUAACCCUGCCGGAGGGGACGCGGCGGCCGCCGGCGACGAGGGGCGGAAAGUGGGGCUGGCACCCGGCGACGUGGAGCAAGUCACCUUGGCGCUCGGGGCCGGUGCCGACAAAGACGGGACCCUGCUGCUGGAGGGCAGCGGCCGUGACGAGGGGCUGCGGAGGACCCCGCAGGGCAUCGGGCUCCUGGCCAAGACUCCGCUGAGCCGCCCUGUCAAGAGAAACAACGCCAAGUACCGGCGCAUCCAAACUUUGAUCUACGACGCCCUGGAGAGACCGCGGGGCUGGGCGCUGCUCUACCACGCGCUCGUGUUCCUGAUUGUCCUGGGGUGCUUGAUUCUGGCCGUCCUGACCACGUUCAGGGAGUACGAGACUGUUUCGGGAGACUGGCUUCUGCUGCUGGAAACAUUUGCUAUUUUCAUCUUCGGAGCCGAGUUCGCUCUGCGGAUCUGGGCUGCCGGAUGUUGCUGCCGAUACAAAGGCUGGCGGGGACGGCUGAAGUUCGCCAGGAAGCCCCUGUGCAUGUUGGACAUCUUCGUGCUGAUUGCUUCUGUGCCCGUGGUGGCUGUGGGCAACCAGGGCAACGUCCUGGCCACCUCCCUGAGAAGCCUGCGCUUCCUGCAGAUCCUGCGCAUGCUGCGGAUGGACAGGAGGGGCGGCACCUGGAAGCUUCUGGGCUCGGCCAUCUGUGCCCACAGCAAAGAGCUCAUCACCGCCUGGUACAUUGGGUUCCUGACGCUCAUCCUUUCUUCAUUUCUGGUGUACCUGGUUGAGAAAGAUGUGCCAGAGGUGGAUGCACAAGGAGGAGAGAUGAAAGAGGAGUUUGAGACCUAUGCAGAUGCCCUUUGGUGGGGCCUGAUCACACUGGCCACCAUCGGCUAUGGAGACAAGACGCCCAAAACGUGGGAAGGCCGUCUGAUUGCAGCCACCUUUUCCUUAAUUGGCGUCUCCUUUUUUGCCCUUCCAGCGGGCAUCCUGGGGUCAGGACUGGCCCUCAAGGUGCAGGAACAGCACCGGCAGAAACACUUUGAGAAGAGGAGGAAGCCGGCCGCUGAGCUCAUCCAGGCUGCCUGGAGAUACUAUGCUACAAACCCCAACAGGAUUGACCUUGUAGCAACAUGGCGCUUCUAUGAAUCAGUCGUCUCUUUUCCAUUCUUCAGGAAAGAACAGCUGGAGGCGGCAGCCAGCCAAAAGCUGGGUCUCUUGGAUCGGGUUCGCCUUUCUAAUCCUCGUGGUAGCAAUACUAAAGGAAAGCUAUUUACCCCUCUGAAUGUAGAUGCCAUAGAAGAAAGCCCUUCUAAAGAACCAAAGCCUGUUGGCUUAAACAGUAAAGAACGCUUCCGCACCGCCUUCCGCAUGAAAGCCUACGCUUUCUGGCAGAGUUCUGAAGAUGCCGGGACUGGUGACCCCAUGGCAGAAGACAGGGGCUACGGGAAUGACUUCCUCAUUGAAGACAUGAUCCCCACCCUGAAGGCUGCCAUCCGAGCCGUCAGGAUUCUACAAUUCCGUCUCUAUAAAAAAAAAUUCAAGGAGACUUUGAGGCCUUAUGAUGUGAAGGAUGUGAUUGAGCAGUAUUCCGCAGGACACCUUGACAUGCUUUCCAGGAUAAAGUACCUUCAGACAAGAAUAGACAUGAUAUUCACCCCAGGACCUCCAUCUACUCCGAAACAUAAGAAGUCGCAGAAAGGGGCAGCAUUCACCUACCCCUCCCAGCAGUCUCCCAGGAAUGAACCAUACGUAGCCAGAACAUCCACAUCAGAAAUCGAAGACCAAAGCAUGAUGGGGAAGUUCGUGAAAGUCGAGAGGCAGGUUAACGACAUGGGGAAGAAACUGGACUUCCUCGUGGAUAUGCACAUGCAGCACAUGGAGAGGCUGCAGGUGGGCGUCACAGAGGCCUGCCCCACCAAGGGUGCCCCCUUGCCCGCCGAGGUGGAGGAGGACAACCGGGGUUCUGGCUUGAAAACCGUCAUCUGCAGCUAUUCUGAGGCAGGCCCCCACGAGCUCCCCUACAGCUUCCACCAGCUGCCCAUCGACAAAGUUGGCCCCUAUGGGUUUUUUGCCCAUGACCCAGUGAACCUGCCCCAGAGAGGACCCAGUUCUGGAAAGAUUCAAGCAACUCUUUCCUCCUUGACGGCAACGCACGCAGAACGGCCCACUGUCCUCCCUAUCUUGACGCUUGCAGACUGCCAAGUGGGCCACCACUCCCAGGCUGAACUGCACGGCCUCUGCUCCGACCAGGUCUCCCCCCGGCAGAGACGCAGUGUCACGCGGGACAGCGACACGCCCCUGUCCCUGAUGUCGGUCAACCACGAGGAGCUGGAACGGUCUCCGAGUGGCUUCAGCAUCUCCCAAGACAGAGAUGAUUACAUGUUUGGCCCAAGCGGGGGCUCAAGCUGGAUGAGGGAGAAACGUUACCUUGCCGAGGGUGAGACGGACACGGACACAGACCCCUUCACGCCCAGCGGCUCCAUGCCUCUGUCAUCCACUGGGGAUGGGAUUUCUGAUUCGAUAUGGACCCCUUCCAACAAGCCCAUUUAAGAAGGCUCACGGACUGACUCCUUCUGGAAUGCAGACAGACAUUGUAUAGCUCACUUGCUCUCACGCCCAACACUCACCAGUGAGAUCACCAACGGCUGCAUCAAACAUGCAUGUGCGUGGUGGCCCCCCCACCCGGGCAGGGGCUUGUCAUGGCCUUUUCCUCCCCACGUCACCACAAUGAAGCCGCUUCCUUUCAAGCAUGGUUUGCAUGACUUUACACUAUAUAACUGGUACCACUAAUCUUGUCUAGGAUACACAUUUAUCUGCUGUUCUUACUUUUAAUCAUGGUUGGACCAGUAUAGGACAAAGUUACUGAUGAACUGUGCUAUUUAUUUGGUUGGCUGGUUUGGAUUUGGGUUUGGUAAGCAAGGAAAGUAGUUUAUUUCUCGAACCAUGGCCCCUUUGUAUAAAACAGUCCAGCAAUUAACUGUUUUCUAAAGCAAGCAAAUAAUUUUCUCAACAAAAAGGCAUUGCAUCAAUGAGGUUGCCUUCUGAGCUAACACAUUAGGAGAGGAACAAGAUGUCAUCGCAUACCCAAAACCAAGAAUUUUAACAUUUAUUUUAUUAAGGAAAAAGUGACAAAGCUAUCUAAAAGCUCUCAAAGGGACCUCCUUUGGCCUGCCAUUGUCUAGUAUCAUGCCUCAGUUUCCUCAUCUGUAAAAGGUGGUGGUAACCCCAAGUGCAGCAUUUCAAAUGAGUUAAGAAUUGGUGGCAAGAAAACACACACAAGUUAAAAUAGUUCCCAAUUUAUGUAGCCAAAGACAAUUAAAUUUACAUAAGUGGGGUGCCCCUCUGUGCAGGAGCUAAGUUCAGUGCCUUCAAAGUGCAGUUCCAACUCACAUUCCUCCCCAUGAGACUUAUACAGAUUAUUCAUCAAAUAGAAAUAGAGUCAAGAGAGCACAGGAAUUAUCUGAUCCAAGUCCUUUAUAAAAAUGAGAAACCUUGGGCUCAGGUAGAGAGACAUGCCCAGGGUCACUCCCUUGUCCCCCAGGGAGCUGGGACUCAAAGCCCCAUCAGCUGACCGGCUCCAGGCCCUGGUCUCUUCCUAUCACACACUCUGCCGUUUACACAAUGGGACCCAGAAGUCAUGCCAAGACAACUGUCUGUAUCGUGUGAAAAGCACUCAUGACACAACUUAUCCAGCAAGACAGGGCUGUCUGCUUUCAUUGCAAAACAUGCUCACUAUAUGCAUUGCAUUGUGGAUCCAGAAAAAAAAAAUAAUACAAACAAGCUGUAACAUUUACUAAUAUACAAAUGGGCAAAAUUUCCAGAACCAUCCAAUGUUACUCCUCCAGAUUUUUUAAACCACAUGUAGCCAUAAGAUUAGCUGAAGCAUAGUCAGACAACCUGGAAAACACUGCCCUACUAUGUAAGAACUAAUAUUAAGCACAAGCCAUCCUGUGGCCUCUUGGGAGAUGUCGUUACUCUUUGAAACACUGACAGAAAAGGUUUCUCUUAGGCUUAGCUGAAUUAGCUAAAUGACUACACUGCAGUAUUACUGUCUUACUCUUACAUCCAAGCACUGGCUCCAGAUGGUUGCCACGGUGACCAUCGAGCUGAUCGACAUGGCCUAAACGCGUAUCUCCCUGCAAAUGGCACCACAGUUCUC